AUGAAAAUAUAUGGUGGCAACCCUAUAGAAGAUGAACAAAGUUUGGUAGAGUGUAAAGGCUGUUCCAAAAAAAUUCUAAAACAGGGAUUUGUGGAACAUACUGAACAAACUACCACCACCAAUACAAACAAGAAACGGAAAAAAUUAACAGCAAGUGAUGGGCCUAUUGAUUUGGACAAACAAUGUGGUGUAUUGAUGCCACCUUCUAAUUCACCUUGUACACGUUCAUUAACAUGUAAAAGUCAUUCUAUGCAUUUGAAAAGAUCCGUGAAUGGUAGAUCAGCACCAUACGAUCAACUUUUGGCCAGUUACCAGAAGAAGUCAAUUGGUCGUCCUCAGACAGGCGGUAAGCAAGAAAAUGCCAAAAAAGAUGGCAGGACAGAAAUUCAAGAAAAAGAAGAAGACACCGUAAUCAAUUCUGAUGAAGAAGUUGAUGCAGUUUUGGAGGCAAUAAUGCGUAGUAAACCUCGACCACUCGUUUCUCGACCUGAUACAUACGUUUCACCAAAUACCAAUUACUAUUAG